CCGCGCGUGAGGCUUUGCAGGAGUUAGUAGAGCCUCAUAACUAAGCUCACGUGUGCGUUGUCUUGUUCAAGCAGAAGCUGCUAAUAGACGGCUCAGGCUCUUCUUCCGAGGGGAUGUUACUGCCAACGCAGGAAAUGGCAUCGGCAGUAGCUUUUACCUAGCGGGUUCCCAUAGAUAUUAAUAGCUGGUUGAACAUCCUGAUGUGCAAUUUAAUAUCUUACUGGAGUGUGCUGGAGCUUGCACAACUGUAUCUUGCCUGAAAUCUCAAACUAUGUCAUGAAAUUAUCUUGUUAAGCAAAACCUUACUUGAUGCCUAUUAAUAGAAGAGUAUCAAAUCACUUCAUAAGAGUGCUUCACAAGGGACUAUUUUGUUAUUGUAGGUGUCUGUCUCACCAGCGUGUCAUGGUAGAUCUAGCAGAGAAAGAGAAUAUGGAUAACCUCACAUUUAAAAGUGACACUGUACUUUCUGAUGUUCACUUACACUGUCCAAACAAAAGACAUCUCAUGGUACGACUCAAUGCAGUUGGACAGCCAGUAUUCCUGUCAUAUUUCAAGCUCCUUUGGAACACCGAUAACUGGGCAUCUGAGAAAAAUGUGAGGGAAGCUACAACAGAAAAAGAACACCAGUGCAGAAGUGGAGAGGAGUUGUGUGACAAGGGCAGGAAUAGUCUAAAAAAUGAAAGAGAAUUAAAUACUAAAGGAUUAGAAGCUCUGCUAGAUGAUGAUGGAGACUUGGAAGUUGUCAGAAGACCUCAAAGUGCCUCUGAUUUAGAAGUGGAGGAUCUUCUGAGGGAUAAGGUGUAUCCUGUAAUUCUAAUGAGAGGGGAAGAUGCUUUUGAAGAUGAAGAACAAGAAAGCUCUUGCAGUGAUGUUGUUAAAAUAGAGCAUACUAUGGCAACCCCCUUGGAAGAUGUUGGUAAACAAGUCUGGCGAGGUGCUUUUCUUCUUGCUGAUUACAUUUUGUUUAAACGGGACGUGUUCAGAAGUUGCACAGUACUAGAGCUUGGAGGUGGCACUGGAGUUGCAAGCAUCAUCAUGGGAAUGGUUGCCAAGAGAGUUUACUGCACAGAUGUUGGUGAAGAUCUUCUGGCCAUGUGUGAACAUAACGUUGCAUUAAACAAACACCUGAUUGAGCAGGGAAGAGGUGAAAUUAAAGUGAAAGAACUGGAUUGGCUGAAAGAUGAGUUCUGUACUGAUCCUGAAACUCCUUAUAGCUGGUCUGAAGCAGAGGUUGCUAAUUUGCAUGACCACUGUACUGUGAUAAUGGCAGCUGAUGUCUUCUAUGAUGAUGACCUGACGGAUGCCAUGUUCAGAACGCUGUAUAGAAUCACACACAACUUGAAAAAUUCUUGCACAGUGUACUUUUCAAUAGAAAAGCGGCUGAACUUCACUUUAAGACAUAUGGACGUUACAUGUGAGGCCUACAAUCAUUUUAGAAAUAUUCUGAAUGAUCUGGAGAGCCUCCAGGAUAGAAAAAUGAAGUAUACUGUGGAGCCCAUUAAACUCGAUUUCUGCCAGUUUCUCAUUUAUGAACGAACUGAGCAGUUGGAACUGUGGAAGGUCAUUGCUGAAUGGCUGACGUGACUGGGACAUGAUAAAAUGGAAUAUACUUGGAGAAAGGAUAAAGACUUUUUUGAUGUUAUGUUAAAAACGGAUUCUUGUCCCAAGAAAAAGAUUUUCCUGGUGGAACUGUUCUUCUUGAAAAGUAAUUUCGUGCAGAUUUGCCAUACUUCAAUAAGUUUAUUUUUGGCACUUAGGACGUGGUUUCUAUAUUGUUUUCUGUUAUGAAACUUUCUAACAUUGAUCCUCAGAGUACAGAUCCAAAACAAAUUUCAUUAGCUGUAGCAUGUGUGAUAAUAUCCCAUGGUGCUGGAUCUUGAACUGUGGCAAUGAUAUGGUACUGCAUGUUCUUUAGGUUUCGUGAUUUAGCUCUUAGAUUCUGACAAAGAGCUAUCUAACCCCUUUCCAUGCUGAUUUGCAAAUAUACACUUUCAUUUUUAGCUUUCUGAACUUGGACACUGUUUUCGGUCUCUGGCCAAUUCCAUGUUAUUUCUGUUUAUAGACACGUUUGAAAUAGUCUUCUGGGCAAGCCCUAAUUGUCUCUGACAGAAUGUUGUUUCCUCAUCUUUAAGCAGUCAGUUUAUGAAACUUUAGUCUUUUAGUUUGUCCUAUCAAUAUCACUUUAGUUUAGGGCUACUGUCUUAGUUGAAAGAAGACGAGAUGCAUUUAGGUUUAAGUCUCUAAAAAUGUUCCAUAGCAGUCGCGGAGGUAUGUUUGUUGGUUGUCCUGCUGCUUUUUAAGCUAUUCUGCCCUUGUCAGAUUGAGGGUGGGAAGAUUUCAUGCAAAAUGACUUGCUCCCAUUCUAUAAACGUUGAGACUUCUACCCUCAGUAUAUGUGUGAAGUUGGGGAGUAGCGGAUAACCAAGCUCAAGAAUGUCUUGACCAUACAGAUAGAGCCUUCAGUGUCUUAGCUUUUGGAUUAAAGUACAACAUACUGAUCAAAUCUGAGUGACUAAUGAAACCAAAAAUCAUAAUGUUUGUAUUUUUUUUAUGCAUACUGUUGUGUUUAUAUCACUUGCCACAUGUGCACUGUCACUGAAACUCUUAUUUCUGCUGAAUUUUUUCUUUAUGAGAGUGUUAAUGAUAAAGGUCUUCUGGCCUGUGACUUGUUGGGAUGUGCAUACGUUACAUUAGAAGCAUCUGGUUAACUUUUUGAAAGUCUGUUUUAUGUUUGGUUUAGUUCAGUUUAAGGACAGCUAUUUAAUAACCUGUUCACAUGUAUAAAGAUAUAUUUUUCUCUAUAUUUAAUGACUUUUAAUUAGAUGAAAGGUCAUUAAAUAAGGAUGAUUGGUUAUAGUCACAGAAGACAAUCAAAGUAAAUAUAUAUAUAUAUAUGUUAGCAUGUAGCAUAUAUGCAUAGCAUUAUGUUAGUGUAUAGCAUAAUCUGCCUAGAGUAAUACAAGACUCUUGGGCACCCCUCCCCCUUCUUUUAAAUUUCAAAGAUGUAAAACUGUAUCUUAAAUUCAGUAAGAAUUAUAGAUUGGGAACCUUUGGAUUAUUUUGUAAUGUAAUUAACUUCACCAAAGAUAACUUUUUUUAAUAUAGUACUAAAGACCAGCUUAUUUAAGUAUUAAUCUUUUUUGGAGGUGUGUUAUAGCAAGAAAUGAAUUUGAACUGAUGUGAAAUAGUGUGUGUGGUUAGAGAAGACUUUUACUUGCACAGAAAUUCUGAAAGUCUUUGGAAAUAGCAAGAGAAAAAACUUAUCCAGGUAGAGUGAUACUGUAAAUCUAUUCAACUUAGAAUUCUACCAUUUUAUCACUGCUGACUUAAUUUAACAUAUGAACAGUGGUAGUGGUUGGGUUUGUCUUUUUUUCGGGGACAGAUGUUGGUUGGUUGGUUUGUUUUUUUUUUUAAUACUUGUGUCUGUGUGUGACUAAAUGUGAAUAUCAGGGUUGCUUGGAAAGCAAACGGAAAUAGAAUUUCCUCCUAAAGAAACAAAGCUAACUUUUCUAGGUCAUUUUCGAAUCUUUAUGUUGCAAGUGACAUAAGGGAGAAACAGUUUGGGGUUUCAGUGACAGAUGUGAAGGCUGUUUUGCAAAUUUGGGUGUGACCCUUGUCACUGAUGAUAUAGAGUAGGCAAAAAGAAUUCUCAAAAGAAUCAUAAAAGAAUCUUGUAAUGUAUUGUCUUUGCAGGCCUAAUGAAAGAGAAGCGCAGACUGUCUUGCCAGCAAAUUGGUCACUGCUGCUUGAGGGCAUUAAGUAGGCAAGUCAUCUUCUCAGGUUUGACUUUGAUCGUGCUUUAGAUACGGCAUGCAUGCAGUGGUUCUCAGAACUCACUAUGCAAAUUUCCACCUUUAGCAGUUCCUUCUUUAAGACUACUAAAAGCAAGGAGUUGUAUAGUAUUGAGCACAUGGAUUAUGACUGGAAAUCAAGUUAGUGCCUAAAAUGAUAAUAUCUCUAGCGCAUUAUAUGCAUUUAUAUAAAUCAAAUUUUUUUCCCCUAAUAAAGUAUGAUAUAAAAAAAAGUAUGCUUGUGUGAA